AUGUACACGGCAACACUGUUCCUCAUCAACAUUUUCGUGAUGAUCGUUCUCUACGAGUUCGAACAGGUUCGCAAUGAUAGCUCCAGGCAAACCAACGAAUACGAAAUUCUUGAACACAUUCAUUCGAAGAUCAUGCGCACAUUCGGACUUUAUCGUCGUCAAGAUAUGCCAGCAUACUAUGUACCAGACACUUUGAAAGAUUCCCAUCUUCUGAAUACCCUGGUGUCCAAGACAGACCUGCUGCUCCAUCGAGCAUACAGAUGGCGGGUUGAAGACGACGACGAUGAUGACAUGAUAAUUCCAAGACCUAGAGCACAGGAUCUGCCUAGAGAUCCCUGGUGA